UUCACCCAAUUCUUUCAUCCCGCAACGACCAUCCUGAUUUUCUUUUGUUUGUGUGAAUAGGUCACUGACUCGCCAUUACGCUAAAGCAGCAACAGCCAGAUUCUUGCGGAGUCCUUCAGCCUCCAGUAGGUGACAACUUGGCUAGUAUAAGCACCAGCAAACCACUCAUGGAUCCUCGUGACUCCUGCUUCUCGUCCCUCGAAGCUGUCAAGGCAGGUUUCGACACCGACACGGAGCAUAUUAUGACGAAGUCCGAUGUUGGAAACCGUCAUUUGAUCCCUGCUAGGGGCCUCUUUCUUCCAACCCAGAGCUUCGGAGGGAAUAACGUCUGGAGCACUGUCAUUUCCCCUCACGCCUUCAACAUCGCGGAUCUCGACGAUAAGGACGGCAGUGAGAGCGCUAGUAGCAUCAGCGACGAGCGCGACGACAGCUACGAAUGCAACGAGAGCGACGAACGCGACGAAAGCGACGAGAGCGACGAGUGCGACGGUAGCGACGAGUCGUCGGACGACACCUGCUCCACCGCAUCCACCUUCUCCUGCUUCUCGCCUCGAUCCGCUUCCGUCGCCAGCGGGGAUGGCGAUGACUCAUCGGACGGCCUUCCGGACGACAGAAUCUUGGAUGACUCAUCGUCGAACUCAUCUGACGGCCCCGUGUCUCCCAAGUCCGUGCUUCGGCGACGAUCCCCGGCGGAGCUUGAUUGGGAUUCCGAGGAAUCCGCCGGUUUGGAAAGACCUAAAACCCUGAGCCGCGCCGCGUCAAUUACUAACCAGGAGAUUCGGCUUCCCGACGACCUUUACAUACAUGGCAGCUCCGCUUCUGCUGAUCCAGCCUGCUCGCGUCGCACACCGCCGCCUUUCACGGCUACGAUUGUCCGUCACCGCUACUGCAAUGCACAUACCGCCGCCCCUCCUCCGAUUUCCAGCAUUCUCGGUCAGCCGAAUGGGUUCCCUGCUAUCGGCGUGGCCUCUGCGUUUCCCCCUUCGCGCAAUGGGUUCUUAGGGUGUGCCCAGAUUGUGCCUCAGCAGCAGAUGAGCCCGAUGUACUGGCAGCAGAUGCACCUGAACCAGAUGCACCUGAACCAGAUGCACCUGAACCAGAUGCAUCUGAACCGGAUGCCCCUGAACCAGAUGCACCUGAAUCAGAUGCGCCUGCAGCAGGCAAUGUACCUCCAGCAGCAGCAGCAGCAGCAGCAACAGCAGCAACAGCAGCAACAGUGGCAGUGGAUGGAGCAGCAGCACAAGCAUUUGCAUGCUGCAGUUGAAAGGCCUGCAGAAAUCUGCCAGCGUAGGUUUCUUCCCCCACGCUUCCCACAGCCACAAAAGGCUGCAGGUACAGGUGUAUAUAUUCCUGGUAGGGCAUGAUGGGUUACUUGACGCCUCCCCCCUUGAAUGGCUGGAUGCUGCUGCUGGUUGCUACAUUGUACUCUUUCUGGUACAUUGCGUAACCAUCAGCAGCAUACCAAAGCUCAAUAACUUGUGAUUGAUUUAGUAAAUAGCUUGGGGGUAUACUUUCCUUAAUAGUAGUAUGUUUGGACACAGAUUCGUGUACCAGAAAUAGAUACAAGAUGUUCAGGAGAGUUUUUGCAGCUCUACAUCAGGCCUAUCACAAAAUCAUUAUUAGCA